AUGGCUGGUGAAGAUCUUGUCAAGGACAUAGGCGAGGAUGUGCACCUCGAGACGCUGGACGGCGCGUCGCCUGAUAUCGAGAACCGCGAUGUCAAAGAGAAAGCUUUUCUCCGAAGGAUUGACAAACGAAUGAUGCCUCUGAUGAUGCUUCUGUACAUCCUGAAUUACCUCGACCGGAAUAAUAUCGCUACUGCUCGUCUGGGCAACUUUGAAGAGGACAUUGGUCUUGUAGGCCAGCAGUACAACACUGUUAUCAGCAUCUUCUUCGUCGGCUACAUCCUUACCCAAAUUCCGACCAACAUGAUCUUGAAUAAGAUGCGGCCCUCUAUCUUUUUACCAACCAUCAUGAAUUACCAAGGGAUGAUUGCUUUACGGUUCAUUCUUGGAUUUGUGGAGGCUCCUUUCUUUCCGGGUGCUUUGUUUCUCUUUAGUUGUUGGUAUACUAAGAAAGAACUCGCCGUCCGUAUCUCUAUCCUCUACGCCGCUGGUCAAAUGGCCGGUGCCUUUGGCGGACUGCUCGGAAGUGCCAUCAUGGCUGGAAUGGAUGGAAAAGCUGGUCUAGCCAACUGGCGAUGGCUUUUCAUCAUUGAGGGCUGUGCCACUUACCCUGCUGCCGUCGUCACAUACUUCGUCGUGCCCGAUUACCCAGCCACAACCAGUUGGCUCAGCGACGAGGAACGCCAAAUCGCUGUCCUCCGCAUGGCCGAAGACGCAAGCAAAGAAGACGAUCGAGCCGACGUGUCAGGCAAAGAAGGUUUGAAGAUGGCCUUCACGGACCCAGCGCUUUAUAUGAUUUGGAUCAUGCAGCUUGGUCUCAACACGGCUGCUGCUUUUACAAACUUCUUUCCUACCAUCGUCAAGACUCUCGGGUAUAGUUCCACCAUCACACUUCUUCUCUCUGCACCGCCUUAUGUUUUUGCUGCUGCUUUGGGGAUUACAAAUUCAUGGCAUAGCGAUCGCGUCAAUGAGCGAUGGCUGCAUGUGGUGUGGCCUCAGAUAUUCUGCAGUAUUGGCUUCAUCAUAUCCGCCGUCACUCUCAAUACGGCUGCCCGGUAUAUCUCAACCUUCAUGAUGAUGUCUAUCUAUGGAUCUUUCGGCUGUAUCCUCUCAUGGGUCUCAUCGUCUCUACCGCGUCCAUCAACAAAGCGAGCUAUCUCGUAUGCCGUUGUCAACGCUGGAUCAAACCUUGCAUCGAUCUACGCAUCGUACUUCUAUCCAGCUUCACAAGGACCGCGGUACUGGCAGGCUAAUGUCGCGAAUGUGGCUUUCAGCGGUCUUUGUAUCGCUAUGGCCACUAUCUUGAGGUUCUUUCUGGCAAGGAGGAAUAAGAAGUUGGAGAAGGCGAGGGACUAUGAUCUUCAGCAUGAGGGUACGCCGAGUGGUAGUCAGACUCAGGCGCUUGCUGAUAAGUGGCAAUGUGGAACUGAAUAUGUCUACACGCUUUAA